AUGCUGACUGUUCCAAGCACUCAAAACUUGAGCAAUAGAACACAACACUACAGCAAGAAAAAGAAGGUUGUGUUCAUAAUGGGAGCAACAGGAACCGGAAAAACAAAGCUUUCAAUUGAUUUAGCGACCAAUUUCAAGUCCGAAAUCAUCAAUUCCGACAAAAUUCAGGUUUACCAAGGCCUCGACAUUGUAACCAACAAAGCUACUGAAGCUGAACGUGGAGGCAUUCCUCACCAUUUAUUAGGAUUUCUUCAAGAUCCUGAAGCCGACUUUACGGUCCAAGAUUUUUGCACCCAAGUGCACAAGGCAAUGAACCAUAUCAUCAACAAUGGUGACACCCCAAUUGUCGUCGGUGGAUCGAAUAAUUACAUAAAAGUCCUUGUGGAGGAUCAAUCAUUUAAGGAUAAAUUCGACAUAUGUUUUUUAUGGAUGGACGUUAAGUUGUCUGUUUUAUAUCGCUAUGUAUAUAAAAGGAUUGAUGUGAUGGUGGAAUCGGGACUUGUCGAUGAAAUUCGAGAGAAAUUUGUACCGGGAAUCGACUAUGGAAAAGGAAUUUGGAGAGCAAUUGGUGUUCCUGAAAUGGAAAAAUAUUUUCUUGCUGAGAAAAAUAAUGCUGAUAGAAUGACCAAGAAAAUGUUGCUUGAGAAUGCAAUUCAAGAAACUAAAAAAAAUACUAGUAAGUUGGUGAAUUGUCAGAUUGGAAAGAUUGAGAAGUUUAAAAAUGAAUUCGGAUGGAAAUUACAUAGACUGGAUGCAACUUGUGUUUUUGAGAAAAAAGGGAUCGAAGCUGACGAUGCAUGGAAGAAGAUGGUUUUAAACCCUAGUUUGAAAAUUGUCGUUGAUUUCUUGAAGAAUUAG